AUGUAUAAAUUAUUGGUUUUUGUGUUAACGGCUUCGGCGUUUGCGCUGCCAAGUCCUGAAAUUCGCGAUUCGAAUAAAAAUGAACACACUCUGGAAGUCGCCGCGCGGUCGAUGGGAAAGGAUUGCAGUAAUGGGAUAUUUAGUCCUACCUGUUUGAAAAUCGAAGCUAUAGCAAUUCUGGACAAACUCAGUGCUAAAGACGAAUUAAGGCUUCUUCCAGGAGUAAGCUUAGUGAAGGAAAGUUUAGAGAAUAAGAGUAAGACUGAGGAAUUCGCUUCUGAACUAGUGAGGUCUUUGAAUAAGCCAGAAGAUAGAUUGGAUAAGUACUUGUUGUACAAACUAGGCAAUUAUUUGGAGAGUCAUACAGUGAAAUUGAGACUUUUGGAUGAAAACUCCACUGAAGAAGCUAGGGCUUUGGUCAGUGAAGCUAGAGGAAAAGGAGGUCUUGGGGGCAAAAAGGGGGGUAUCGGAGGACUUUUGGCAAUGGGAAUGUUAUUCAAAGGCACACUCAUGUCCCUAGGUCUUGGCGCAUUGGCUCUUCUAGCAGGAAAAGCUCUCAUGACUGCCUUGAUGUCCCUACUCCUCUCCGCGAUCAUCGGCAUCAAAUCAUUAUCCAGCGGCCAGAAGUCGACGACCUACGAAAUCGUAUCCAAACCCAUCUACAGCCACAGCCAUUCACACUCAACCGCUCAUGAAGACGUGGGGGGCUACGGCCACUCUGGGUACGGACGGAACUUAAAUGCUAGAAGGCGGUAA